AUGCUUGCAAACGGUGGUGUUGCUUUCAGCAAUCAAUUCAAGCUCGUAGAAAUGUUGGGAGAUCGUGAAGAUUCCUUGUUUAACUUUAGAAAUCCAUCAGUUCUUGAAGUUGAUGUCAAGAAUAAGAACAUUUAUGUCAUUGAUAAGAAGUCAAACGAUCAAGAUGUCGUUUAUGUCUUUGAUUUACAAUCCAAGAAGCUCAAAAACUCUUUCAACAUUGAAGGAAAUAUGUAUUACAUUACCAGCCUUGCAGUGGAUCCCAAUGACAAUACUCUCCUUUACAUUUACGAUGGAAGUGUUGUUAAAGUUUCUAACGAUGGUGCAACCAAGCAUUGGAAGGUCUAUGUUGAAGGAAAUGCUAAUUACCUUUGUGUUCAUCCCACAGACUCUACUGUUUACGUGCUUGCAGAGUAUGGCAAACAUGUCAUCACGGUCUUGUCAGGUGAGGAUGGAUCUGUAUUGAGAAAAGUGGGUGAGUCCGUCAGCGGAGACUCUGUCAUUCCAUAUCCUUUGGCACUUGCAUUCGAUAAUGAAGGAAAUAUUGUGGUCGCAUGUAAAGAAAGAGAUGGAACCUUUGUGACCAUCAAUUCUAAAGGAAAGGUGUUGAAAACGAUUUCAAGAGGUAUGAAUGAAGAUGGUGGUGUAUCCAAAAUGUUAGUCGAACCAGGAACUGGUAACAUUAUGUUUAUUUCUAGAAGGGCAGUGCAUACUAUCAAACCAAACGGAACUCAAAGAAAGCAGUUAAGCAGUCUCAAGCCUGGAGAAAGCGAGUGGGCAAGCUACGAUGCAAGAUUGGGAUUAGCUUUAAACCCAUUGGAGGGUGAGUUGUUGGUGUCUUGCAACCCUUGCGACCAUGGUUAUGACAACCAAACAGGAGUUGCUAUUUACAAGUAA